AUGGAAAAACAAAUCUUGGAGCCUCAACUUUCGGCAUUACGCCUUCCGGCUUUUAAUGUUCCUUGGCCUGGGGCACGCUCACCCCAUGCGGAGGUGAUUGAGGCGAGGAUGAUUGAGUGGGCUGAUCACUACGAUCUUCUGGUGAACGACGAACAUCGCAGUCGGGUAAUACGGGCCCGUUACGGCUGGCUCGCAGCGCGAUGCUAUCCAAACGCUGCAAAAGAAUUACUUCAAGUAAUUGCAGACUACUUCGUCUGGUUUUUUCUCGCCGACGACUUGUUUGUUGACCGUGUUGAGACAGUUUCGGGUGACACUCUGCGCAACUUGACGGCUAUGAUUGAUGUUCUUGACUUCAACUCUGCUGGACUGGAGCCAGUAUGGGGUGAACUUGCAUGGCUCGACGUUUGUCGCAGGCUGCGAAGUCUGCUGCAGGCUGAACCGUUCGAGCGGUUCGCCCAAGGAAUGCGGCUAUGGGCAACAACUGCCGGCCUUCAAAUUCUCAACCACAUACGACCGAAAUCUGUCGGCAUACGUGAAUAUCAAACUAUCCGGCGUCAUACAAGUGGCAUGAACCCUUGCACUGCUCUGUCAGAUGCUGCCAACAAUGGCUCGGUUAAACCUUACGAGUUCUAUCAGCCUGAUGUGCAGGCACUUGUACGCCGAGCAAAUAACAUUGUCUGUUGGGCCAAUGACAUUCAGAGCCUGGGUGUAGAAAUUCGACAGCCUGGUCAAUUUAGAAACAUGGUGGUAAUCUACGCUGAGCAGGGUGGUUCUUUACAGAAUAGUGUCGAAACUACCGCUGCUCGCGUGGAUGCUGAAAUUUCCAGCUUUUUGGAGCUCGCGGACGCCGUUACAGCCCGGGCAAAUGUUACGCUGCGAGGUCUCGUUGACGGACUUAAGUACUGGAUACGGGGAUAUCUGGAUUGGGUAGAGCACGACACGCUGCGCUAUGUGGAUAAAUUUGCUGCGGUUGACGCUGAUGAUCGAUUCCUGUCUACGCCUCAAGUUGCUUCUAGACAUAGUGUGUAA